GCGAAGUACGAUGGAGGUAGACUUUUCAAAAAAGCAUGAUACUAACGAUAUUAACUAUUUCAACUUAAAUACCAACAUUAAUCUUAUGGAGAUAUGAAUCAUUACAGAAUUGGCGUUGGUAUAUUGAUAUUAUCUGCGGGUUCGCUUUUGGCUGUAACUCUUUGGAGAAUUUUUAAAGGAGACGAUGACGAUGAUGAGGCAUCACAAUUGUGCAGACUGGUUUCACCACGCAGAAGUAAGGAUGAUGACAGGAGACUUCAAAUAAAACGUCGAAGGGAAUAUCGACCAAGAAAGUCAAAGACUGAUGACCUGUAUCAGGACAGCUUCAAACGUCAAAAUACUGUUUAGGAGUCGUAAAAAAUUAAGACUUUUUUCUCAAACUGUAAAUGACAAUGGCAAUACAAUAGUAAAUGCAACGUGCAUUACUGUUCUGCUAAUAGCAAAUUUCAGCAGAUAUUAUAUUUUCUUUCUAAAACUCAUGUCAAAUUCUGAAAAAAAAUCAAAAUCACAUUCCAAGAAAUCAAAAAAUGUGUCCAGUAAAAAAGUGAGCUCAUCUUCGUCUCUUUCCAGCAAAGAUAGUGAUUCUAGUGUAUCCAUUCCUAGUGAUUCAUUUUGUUUGAAUAACUGUUGCUGUUGCUUUAAGUGUUUAUGCAAAAGUCAGGAGGUAAAGAAAAGAGAGAUGCAUGCAUUUUUAGUAGAAGGUGCACGUCGGUUUUCAAAUACAGGUCAAGUAGUUAUACAAUAUAUGCCAAAGAAAAAAGUUGCUGGGUAUGCAGAAGCAGGGACCCUAACUCAACCGCCUAGAAAAUCUGAUGCAUCUAUAACCAUGCAAAAUCAUCGUAAAUUAUCCCCAGCUACAGAGAAUUUACCGGAACCUGAAAUAGCAAUUCUCAAUACAAAUUUUAGAAGAGGGACUCCUGCCAGUAAAAAAAGCAAAAAAAAUCUUAAAGAAGAGGCUAAUAUGGUAGAAAUUAACUCUAUGUUAAAGUCUAGAUUAAGUGGUUGCAUAGCAAUAGGCCGUGAUGUAGCUGAUGAGAAAGGUGAAGCUUUGCUUAAGUGUAAUCGAACAGGAAGAGAUUACACACCAUACCUCUUAUCCCAUCUUGUAAAAGAAUCUGAUAAAAGGAGGAUGUCUGUACAGCUAGAACCACAGAAGGCAAAAUAUAAUUCUAGUUAUUCAAGGUAUUCGGUUGACUUAAAGGUUGCGCCAAAAAUACCUCAAAAGGAAUUAAAUUUGGAAGAAAGGAGCGAUACUGAUUUUAUAAAUCAAUUGACAGAAGUCUCAACACUUGUAAAAAAUGAAUUAGAAACAGAUUGGAGUUUCACACUAAGUUAUGUUAAAACCCUAGAGAAAUUCGUUAAAACUCAACAACAUGAUGUAAAAAAAUCAAAAGGUGGAUCUGAAAGAUGGAUGGUCAUAUUGUAUACAACAAGUGAAGAAACUGAUGAACUAACUAACUUCCGUUGCCUUCUAGCUCGUUUAAUAUUGCAACGUUAUUGUGUUGCCUAUGAAGAAAGAGAUGUCGCUUUAAAAAAUCUGGACUACAAAGAGGAGCUACAAAGAAGAUUAAAUUCUGAUACAAUGACAAUACCAUAUAUUUUUGCUCAUGGAAUAGCUAUUGGCAACUGUCAAGUUGUCUAUGCAAUUCACAGAUUGAACUUAAUGAAAACUAUUUUCAAAAACUACAUAAUGGCAGAAGAGGUUUAUGCUGAUUGGUUGUCUCGUAAAAAUGUAGUUAAAGAUAAUACUUUAAAAAUGGAAGUGAAAGUAAGCAUGUUUCCAGCACUGAAUGUUUUAAUGGGGCUUACAACAGAACUGAAGCUUAAUAGUGAUGAUAAUGAAAAAACUAAAAUAGGCAAAGAAAUAGUCAGAAAAGCUCGAGCACAGUGGGCAAAAAUUUGCAAAAGUGGAUUUACUCAACCACCGUUGCUAAGAUUUGUUUUGUUAAGAAGAACAAUCUUAAUUACAUUGUCUAUCAUGAAUGACAUUUAUCAAGUAUACAUGACCAAGAAAAUGAUAGCUCAUCAACAGUUAAGAAAAAGAAAGUUCUCCUGGCUGAAAUAGGUACAUUAAUUAUGGUAUUUUCUGUUAAUUGUAAAUAUCUUGUGAAUACUAAGUUAAAAUUACAGGAUUAUGAACUAAGAAAAUGUUGCCAAGAAUUGCCAUUAAUGCAUUUUUCUAGUAGUUUUUCAUAUCAUUAUUUUCUAUGUAACAGUUAUUUUAUUCAUUUCUGUACAUGUAAGCAAACCUAUGCUUUUAGUCUGUGCUGUCAAUGAUCCUAUCAAUCUUAUUACCUAAGUUAUUUCUUAUUGUACAAGCAAGUUUCAAUUAUAACAGUGGUAACUGUUAUUAAAUUGCCUUUUGACUUAAAAUAAGAAGUAGGUACAGAAUUUAUCAUACUUUUCAAAUUGUUUUCUCUAAGAUAUUGCAUGUCCCAUGAAUAUGACAGUUCAUUGUUUUAAUCAAGCUGUCAAAUUUAUAUAGAUUAAUGUUUAAUCUGUAUAGUUUUUUUAUUUAUUGAAGUUGAUUAUUUGCUUCUUAGCUAUGUAUUAUUAAAAUGGUGAAAUUUUAUUGUGAAAUUUGCUCAAGUGCAAAUUAGUCAAAGAGGAGAGUAAUAUUUUGUUGUUUAUUCCUGAUAUUUUGUUUUGCUGUUACAAAUAAAAUAUUUUGACAUGAAAUGUCUCCUUUUUUUUCCAAAAAUUUUGAAAUUUAAGUGAAAGAGGUAGAAGUCUAGUUUAUCAUUUUGUUAUAUUGCUUUAUGGGCUGCUAGUGUUCAAGAGCUACUAUUGUAACUAUAUUUUUCUUAACUACACAUUGAUUUUUAGUGUGGUAGAAAGAUUUGUAUGCCAUUUUCUAAAGGAGUAUUGUAAUACACUGGGCACGCAA